AGUGGUAGCUUUCUCAAAUUCUUACAGAGAGUUCACACCGUCUCACAUUCCUGUCUGUCUCUCCAGGGACUCGCAUCUCUCCAUAUGGAUUUCUCUAACUUUUGGCUGCCUUUGCUCAUUUUGGCCGCUCUCGGAUGCUGCUCCGAGGGAGGUCUGCUGGUCACCGACAAAAUGAACGCCGUUGUAGGUAAAUAUGUGACCUUCAAGACAACAAUCACCUCAACACAGGAUUUUGUAACCAUAACAUGGAAUUUCAACAAAGUUGAAGGAAUUACACCAAUAAUCUCAAACGUUCUAUCAUCAAACACCGAAGACAUUGAUGAGAAAUACACUGGCAGAGUCAUCUACAAUAAGACGACAUGUGAGCUUCAGCUCGGGCCGCUGGUGAAGGAGGAUGAAGGGGAAUAUACUCUCACUGCAGUCACUCUCAAAGGAAAGCAACUGAUUGGACGGAUUGAUCUUGUGGUUCUUGAACCAGUAACUGACGUUAAGAUUUCAUCGAAUGUACCUGAAGCAGUAGAGUUCAACAGCACCGUGGUUCUUACCUGCUCUGCCAAAGGCUCCUUCACAUACAAGUGGAAGAACGGUUCCGACCCUUUGGUGGUGGAUGGCACACGUGUACAGCUAAACGCAGCUGGCAAUGUGCUAAAUAUUGCUGAAGUUCGCCGUACAGAUCUGCGAGGACCCAUCUUCUGCAUUGCAGAGAACGCACUGGAGUCCGGGACGAGCGCUCCCUUCAAUCUCACUGUGAUCUAUGGCCCAGAGAAAAUCAUCAUGACACAGACUCCAACAGAUUCGUUUCUUAAGAAAGGCUCUAACUUAACACUGGCGUGCUCUGCCCAGUCUGACCCUCCCGCUCAGCUCAAGUGGAUGUUUAAUGGGGGGGAGAUGCCUCUGAAGACCACCUCCAGCAUUACCCUCACCAAUCUAGAUGAGACAAACAGUGGAAACUAUAGCUGUGUGGCCUACAAUGCGAAGACCAACCGCUACAUUUCAUCGCCGGUUGCUGUGGUGUCUGUUAUGGAGGCCUUGUCUGGUACAAAUAUCUCCAGCUCCUUAUCACUUCUCAUCGCUGGCGUCAGCGCGGUCAACAUCUCCUGCUCGGCAGCCACUGGAAAAGCCGAAAGCGUGGAAUGGCUGAAGGACAACAAACCUCUGGUUCCUGGUGACCGUGUCAUUCUCUCAGCCGACAAGAAAACUCUGACCAUCGUUAAAGUUGUUAGAGAGGAUGCGGGCGACUACAAGUGCCAGCUGAAGAACAAAGUCAACCUAGACGAAAGCACCUAUAAGAUGGACAUCAUCUAUGGUCCAGAGAACGUGAAGGUUGAUGGGAAGAGAAAUGUGAAGUUUGAAGAACUUGUAAAAUUAACCUGCUCUGCAGAGUCUUUUCCUCCCAGUACAUACUCAUGGAAACACAACGGUACAUCGAUGAACUCCAGCAAUGCUGUCAUUACAAUUAACAAGGCUAAGAUCACGAACAGUGGCCCGUACACCUGCGAGGCACUCAACCCCUUCACGAAAAUUAUUAAGUCAACGACUCACACACUUGCAGUCACAGAGGUUGGUGAGGUAGACAAGGCCCUGUCUGGAGGAGCGAUCGCUGGGAUUGUAAUUGGUGUGCUUGUGGUCGUGCUCAUUAUUGCUUGCAUUAUAAAGAAGAAGAAAAAAACAGGUAGUAUUAUUUAGUAUUCCAUCUUCGUAUUAAAGCGAGACCUGGCAGUGAAUUGACCUGAACGUACCAAACAAGACCAACCCUUCAGCCAUUUAUCAGCCCUUUUUAUCUGCAAAAUCCUUCCAUCAAGGCAACUGGAAAAACAGCCCUCACAAGUGACUUAAACCUGCAGGUUUGGCCCUUUCAGGAGCUCAACGUCUUUUUAAAUGUCCAUUGUUUUUCUGUUAUACCCUGUGCAAAUGUGCCCCAAUCUUAAGGACACGAUAAAGGUCAACGGCGAGACUGUUUACCUUCACCUGUGUCUCUUCCUUCCCUUGGAUGAGGUGGACAGCUUCUUUUGUUCCUCAAGAAACAUGAAACAGUCUCCAUCACCCUCUCAAUCCUUCACCUGACCUUAAGUCGAUAGUUGUAAAGACUUCUAAAAAAAAAAUCCAGCAUCAAAAGCACUAAAGGGUGACGAGACCGUCACGUGUUCGAGAACUGAACGCACCCACAAGGCACUGAAACAUCCAGAUUUUAAGACCUGUUCAACAUGCUUGGAAGUCCCAAGGCAAUGAAGAUGACAUUUGGCCAACUUAACUCAAAGCCGAAGGCACUGCUGAGUUGUCGUUGGAAAGUCAUUCGUGGCAAAGCGUGCCUUGGAGAUCAGAUGCAGAGCCUAAAGCUUCUUACACCUUUGCAAUGUUUUUCUACAUUUUUUUUGUAACCCCUUGUCUCUUCACGUGUCUCUUAGUGAGUCAUACAUAUUGUCGUUUAAGAGUAAGGCAAGCUCCAACAUGCUUGAACUGAGAAGCAAAAAGAAAAAAAUGCAUUUCUGUGGACAGCCCCAUACCACAGUUUUGCAGUGAAAUUGCUUCUCUGUCCCCACAACGGUUCGUCCUGCUGUAAUCAGGAUUCCAACGGAUUCGGGUUCUAAAACAGGCCUGUUUUCAAAAUCACCUUGAGUUGACACAAACAGAUCUGAAGUUUAAAACGGGACAUUAUUUGUGUUAUAUAUGUAUCUUUAAGUUGAUUAUUGUGUUCCAGUAGGUCAGAUUUUUUUUUUUUUCCUUCUUAUCAAUUGAUACCCAAUCCUUAUUCUUUCCUUUGUUUGUUUAGUAUUUCUCUUCAAUCACAGCAGCGAUCUUGAAGAUCUUGUAGUGAUCUGUUUGAUGUUGCAUAGAUCUCUCUAGCUCUAGAUCUCUGCAUCUGUAAAAAAUCUGAACGUGUCUUCAUAGGUUUGUUAUUAUAGAGGGGCGAAGCAGCCAUCAUCCCUGGUAUCUCCCUUGCAUUUUUAGAGAUUGCAAAGUUUUUUUUGGACAAUAUAUAAUAUAUAUCAGAAAACAUAUA